AUGCCUUUGACUCUUCAUCACAUGGGUCUUUCCCAGUCCGAGCGGAUCAUCUGGCUCGCUGAAGAACUCGGAAUCGAUUACAAGUUCGUCAAGCACAAUCGCGACCCAGUUUUCGCCCCUCAGUCAAUCAAAGACCUGCACCCCUCCGGUUCGGCCCCGGUCAUGGUGGAUGACCCUUCGCCGGUGACCAAUUCCAAGGUGGUGAUUGCCGAGUCAGGGGCCAUCGUCGACUACAUCAUUGCGGUGUAUGGCGGAGGCCGCCUCGCCCUUACCCCGAAAGACGGAGCCGAGUACCCGCAUUACAUCGAGUGGUUCCACGUCGCAAAUGGGUCAUUGAUGCCUGCCGUUGGCCGAAUGAUGAUUACUCGCUCCACAGGCGCGGACCCUGACUCCCCAUUAGUGAAACGCAUGGUCGAUAAAUGGAACAGCGGUCUGGAGACCCUGGACGCGCGCUUGGCAGAGACUGGGGCAUACCUUGCUGGCAAGGAACUCACCGCGGCUGAUAUCAUGAACUUCUUUGCUUUGACCACGAUGCGUGGCUUUUUCCCCGUGGAGUUUGAUACGGAGAAACACAAGAACAUUCUUGCUUAUCUUCAGCGGGUCGGCGAGCGACCGGCUUACCAGAAGGCCAUGAAACUCUGUGAGGGCGAUGACUUUGUGCCCCUUCUACAGGCCAAGGCUACACAGUUUGACUUGAUGAAGAACAUUUCCCCGAAGUAA